GCAGCUGCCGUGACUCCACAACACAGUUGAGGCAACAGUCGGCGGGAGCCGUUGCGCAUGCGCUUGCGGCGCUCUGUACGUGUCGACUCGGCCGCCAAGGUCGCGGUGGCACCUCCGGCUAGCAGCGACAGCCCCGGCUCGGGAGUGGCUUCCUCGCCGCCAGCAACACGCAGAAGGCUGUCGGUGCGACGUACCGCCCGCGGAGACUCUCCGGAGACGAUGGAGUGGGAGCACAACAACACGGUGCGGCUGAUCGAGCUGAUCCGCGCGCGGCCCUGCCUGUGGGACAAGACGUCGCGGCGCUACACGGAGCGCCACUGCCGCCGCGUCGCGCUCGCAGACAUGGCGCGCACGCUCGGCGUGUCGCUGCUGUGCGUCCAGAAGAAGUGGGCCAACCUGCGCACGCAGUACUUCCGCGAGCGCACCCGCCUGCAGACGGUCCCUGGCCACAGCCCCAGGUGGUUCGGCUUCAACAUGAUGCGUUUCCUCGAGGACGGCCCUAUCUGCCAACGCAAGCGCUCAUCUAGUGCCGGCAGUUCCGGCAUGGUCGUGGAGGUGGUAGACCAAGACUCGCGCGCCGACUCGUGCUGGGCGACCUCCUUGGCCGACUGCGGGAACUCUAGCAGGGACCCGGACGACGUGGAGAUCGUGAUCGAGCAGGCGCCGUGCGUCAAGCAGCAGGUGAAGGACCCGUUUGACGAGGACGAAAGCGAAUGCGAGGACGACGAAAGCUGCAGCAGCCAGCCGCAGACGCCAACCCCGACGCCGCAGGUAACGCUGACGAUGCCGCCGGCCACGCCGCCCCCUGCGCCCAGCCAGCCGACGCCGACGCCGCCCCCGCAGAAGAAGCCGCGCCACGCGCCCAAGCCGCCGCCGCAGCCGCUUCUGCAGGCGCCGUCGACGUCGGGCACCUGCCCCCGGCAGCCGCCAGCAGCGCAGCAGCCGCGGGUCAGCCAGAGCCAGCCGCAGCCGCCGACGCCCCCGCCGCCGCCGCCGCCGCCGAGGCACGCCGACCCGCCGCGGUCACUGCUGGGGAGAACUGUUCAGCCACCGAUGGCUGCUGAAGAUCCACAGAGAGACUACUCACCACCACCUGCAGCUGCAGUCCAUGGAACAAAGCGCAGGGUGGAAGUUGUGGACCCUGUGGCCAUCCCGUCAACAUCAGUGGCCACUCCAGGCUUCCCCAGAGUCGCUGAGCCACUAGAGGAGGUCCAUGCCAUACUUCACGACCGGCUUGACAUGUAUGCCCUGCAUGUGGCCAGCAGGAUACGCCAAAUACAGGAUCCCUACUUGCGCACAGUUGCCAUCAACCGUAUAGAUAAUGCACUCUUUGAUGCAGCCACUGCAGAACUGAUGGGCCAGCGGCCUCCAGCCAACACAGCCGCAGUGCACUCCACCGCGCCACCCACUGCAGCAGCAACAGCAGCCAACACUCAUUUCCCACCAGGCAAUCCACUGGCGGGAUGCCAUGGUGUCCAUAUGAUGGGGACGUGCCACCAGGUGCCUGCAAUGCAGCCUGAUCAUCAAGGUACUACUUGGCAGAAUGGGCCAGUUGUGGAGGACGUUGACUCCAAAGACAAUAUUUUUAAGAGGCUUUCCUGAGACUGGUAGUCGGGGAAGGUUACCCCACCAAUUUGCACUGUCAAGUGUAAAGCUUACGUAAUGCGUGAAGAAGACAAUGACACUGAUGGUGAGUAGUUAACUAGACAUGGAGAGUGUACCUUGACUCAUUGCUCUCUUCUUCACACUUCUUACUGGAAAACAGAUGAUCUCUAUAUUCAGUGUUUUAAAUUCAAUGUUUUAACAGUUGAGCACAUAAUUUCCUUUAUAUUUUCAUGUAUCUAUUUCUGUUAACAUCGUGAAUAUGGGAUGUGUUCUGAAGACAGAUGUUACUAAGAAAUAAAAAUUGUACUCAAAGGGGUAAUGAAUACAAAAUGUCUACCACUUAGUACCGUGUUAGUCUGAGCAAGUAUCAUAUUGAUUGACAUUCAUGUUUGUUUGGUGUGUGUGUGUGUGUGUGUGUGUGUGUGUGUGUGGGUGUGUGUGUGUGUGUGUGUG